AGCACUGGCAGUGAUUGAUAUUUCUCAUACAAUAUCAUCAAUUCAUCCACGAUGUUCAGACCUGUAACUUCUUCAUUCCGAUCUCUAACCUUGUCCCGUCUCUCAUCCAUUCCAAACUUACCUUUCAACCCAACCAAAAGAUCAACACAAACAACCUCAAAAGUUCAAAAAACCAAGCAACCCUUCAAAGUUUAUAAAACCCGAUUAGAUAUUGAUGAACUACUUGAUCGACCAGAAAACUCAAGUUUAAUUAGAUCUGAAUGGAAAGUGAUACCAAUUGAAGUUAAUGGAAACCAAAGUUAUGCUUUGAAAAAAACAUUUGAUAACCAAUUCAAAACUUGGGGAAAAGCUAUUGAAUGGAUAAAUGAUAAACUACGACCUAUGGCUGAUGAGUGUGAUCAUCAUCCUGAUAUCAACUUGAAUAAUUAUAAUCAAUUACAUCUUACCCUGUUUACCCACUCGGUAGGUGGACUGACUCCUCGCGAUAUUCGCUUGGCUUUGAAAAUCGACCAAUUAAACCCCAGUGAUCCAACAUCAUAAUUAUUAUAAGACUUAACUCUUGCACCCAAGUCAGUCUCUGGGUCUUCUUUUCUUUGCACAAGAUUGGAUUGGUGACACAGAAUUUUGGCUUUGCUGAAUACUUC